UUCAUUAAUGAGAUUUCCCAUCCACACUUCUCUUCACUUUUUGUCCUGUUCUUAUCCCCCAUCUCCUCCUUUACUUCUCCUCAAAUAAAGCUCUGGUUGCCUCCUCACGAUUGAUUCGGCUUGAGUAAUACAGGACUGAAGCCAUGGGAAUCUUUAUUGAUUCCUGUUGGUUCAUCUUUAGCACUUGUUUAAUUUGGCUGUUCAGCUUCUUAGCCAUGCGCUUCUUACGGUAACAACGUACCCAGGAAAGGAAAUCAUUUUAAGCGAGAAAAUGGUUUGAUGGAGAAGGAAAUCACUGAUUCAAUUGUUAGAAAUGACGAAUCCGUUGUGGAGGAAGAGGCAUCGACACUCUGUUUCAAGUUUCAGUAUCAGUUUUCCGAUCAACAGGAGCUGCAGCAGCAGCCUGCCUCGGAAGACAAGUCAAAGGAUCAGCUUCAUGGAGGCAUCGACCAAGAGGAAUUUCUCAUGAAGGAUGACAAGUCGACAAAUUUCAUGGAGAUUUUAUCCAGUGAUGGUCAUUCGAGUCUGAGUUCUGAGGCUGAGAAGUUUCUGAACAUUGAGGAUCUAGACGAAAAGAAGUUAUCAGAGUUGAAGGCUAAGAGAACAAAUAAAGCAACAGUGUUUCGGACAAAGUUUUCUUGCUCCAACUUAGAAGCUGAAUCCAUUUGUGCACUGACUGAUUCUAAUUCUGUAACGUCCAAAGGUUUGCAAAAACCAUGUUUGAUCACAAGCAGUCGCGGUAGUGUGCACUCGGAUGAAGACGAGCAGUUUCUGAAGCACAAGACUUCAGAAGAACCUGUUUCCUCAGGUAAAUUUACAAGAACCUUUCGAGGAAGACUGUUUUUUGAGGACUUUUCAGGCUUCAACUCGGAGACUGAUUCCUUGAGUGCAAGUGACGGCUAUUCUGUCAAGGAGCUAGCUCUAGAUUCAGAUAGUAAUGGCUUCUUUUCAGAUAGCGAUUCUGACGAGUAUGUGCCGCAAGAAGAUGUUAUUAAAGUUCAUGGAGAACUACUCUUUGCUGAUUCUACAAGUCUGGAAGAAUCCCAGCUACAGCCUAUUCAUAAUUCUGAGGCGGAAACUGUUGCAGCAGAUGAUUUGUUUUCUUCUUUGAUCAAGAAUCAGAUCAUGUCAACAGAAAACCAACCGGAUUGCGAGUCUGAUUCCAGGAAGGUCGUCAUCAAUCAAGUACAUGAUGAUGAAUCAAUUCCAGCUCAAAAGCAAGAAGGAUCAGAACUGGCGAAUGUGAAUUCCUGUGAUGAUGAUGAUGAUGAUGAGCAGCAUGAAACUGAAGUGAAACAAAACACAAGCAAAAGAGAUGAUGAUGAUACUGAUGGUGUUGAUGGCACAGUCUCCGAAAGUUCUACCUUUUUUGAACUCCCUCUGGAUAGCCUUGUUGGAACAAUUUCUAGCGCAGAUGAAGAAUGGGAUAAAUUUGAUAAGGAAGUCGGAAGGGAAGAGAAAGUAUCACAGGAUAGAUUGGGGGGAAAAGAAACUGAACCAGUUGUUGCUCUGGAUGAUGAAGAGUACAACGAGUUGGAGACCCUCUGGGAACAUGAGAAUCUGAUAGAGCAGCUCAAAAUGGAACUGAGAAAAGCCAGGCUGCCAACGAUCUUAGAAGAAUCAGUAGCCCCUAAAGUAGUCGAGGAUCUUAAGCCAUGGAAGAUCAACAACAAAUUUCUGCACAAAGAUCCUAUGGAAGAGCUUCAUGAGUUCCACAAUUGUUAUAGAGAGAGGAUGAGGAAGUUUGACAUCUUGAACUUACAGAAGGUGAACACAAUAGGAUUUCUCGAUCUGAAGGAUUCCGGUCGAUCGAUGAGAUCUAAAAGGUUGAUGGUUCCUUCUAUCAAAUCCAUACUACUUCAGAAUUUAUGGUCUUGCAAUCUUCAGACGGAUAUAGAUCCUACCCAUAAGUUGAUCAAGGAGGUGAAGAAUGAUUUGGAACUUGUUUAUGUUGGGCAAAUAUGCCUAUCAUGGGAAUUCUUGCGCUGGCAGUAUGAAAAGGCUCGAGAGCUUCCCGAGUUUGAGCAUCAGUACAAUCAUGUGGCUGAUGAGCUCCAACAAUUUCAAGUGAUCCUGCAAAGGUUCAUUGAGGAUGAGUCUUUGGAAGGAUCGAGAUUGCCAAAUUACAUCAAAGGUCGAUCCCUCGUUAAGAAUCUUCUCCAAGUUCCACAAGUAAGAGAGGAUACCUUGAAGGAGAAGUUGGAGGAUAAAAGCAAGGGAAAUUUUGUUGUUACAAUUGAAACUCUUGAAGACAUCAUGGAGGAGUCAAUUAGGAUCUUCUGGGAGUUUGUGAAGGCAGACAAGGAUGAAACUCCUGGGUUUUUGAAAGUUUUAAUGGGAGCUCAUGCUGAACUUGAAGAUCCUACAGACUCUAAGCUCAUGGAAGAUAUCCAAAUCAAUUUGGACAAGAAAGAGAAGCGACUAAAAGACAUUUUACGAACUGGGAAUUGCCUUGUGAAGAAGUUCAAGAAGCCUAAAGAUGACAGAUCCAAUCAAGAACUCUUCUUUUCUCAAGUUGACUUGAAGUUGGUAGCAAGAGUAAUGCGAAUGUCUAGAAUUACGACUGAACAGUUGGUAUGGUGUCAUGCAAAGUUGAACAACAUCAGAUUUAUAGAAGCAAAAGUUCACAGGGAGAAUUCAUUUUUGCUCUUCCCUGCCUGAGUUUGUCACUUUGUUCUACUUAUACAUCUACACAAAAGCAUAUGUAGCAGAAGUAGGCCCAUCGAAAAUGUUUUCAGAAAUGAAUGUACAGUUGGGACUGAUGAUCCAUUACAUGUACAACUCCACAAUAGAAUUUUAGAUGUAGAGAUGUUUUCGAAAACAAAAGGCAAGUUCAGGUAAUUGUUUCGAGUUACAGUCUGAAUUAUAUACUUUGGGUUUGGUAUU